AUGGGCCACCAGCAGCAGCGCACCGCGGCGAGGGCCGCGCCGACGCUGCUGCCAAUCCCCCUCCCCCUGCCCCUACACGCGGCCGCGGUGGGCAGCGCGGUAAACGUGGCGCACGGCGUGCGGCGGCCGCCGAGCGUCGAUGCACCAGCUGCUGUCCCGGACUUUGCCGCCACCACGCCUCCUGAUGUCAGCGAGGAGGUCCUGCAGCCGAUCACCCCUUCAAAGGUGCAACAGCGGCUCCAGAAGGCGAGCAACACUGCUCCUGGGGCAGACGGAGUCACGUACUCAGACCUGCGACGUGAGGAUCCUGGCUGCCAUGUGCUAGCUAAGAUCUUCUCGCGCUGCUGGAAUAAGCGGAAGACUCCGGUGCAGUGGAAAAUAUCCACUACCGUCCUCAUCCACAAGAUAGUGGACGUCUCGGACGUGACGAACUGGCGGCCUUUAGCAUUGAGCUCCACCAUCUCUAAGCUCUUUGCUGCAAUUGUGGCGGGUCGUACUACCGUCUGGGCAGAGCGUUUGAACCUGCUCUCCCCAGAACAGAAAGGUUUCCGCACUUUUGAAGGCUGCUAUGAGCACAACUUCAUUGUACAGACGGCGAUUGAUGAUGCAAGGCGCAGGGGAGGCCAAGCAUGCUUUGCUUGGCUUCAUCUGGCGAAUGCUUUCGGUUCAGUGCCUCACGCUCACCUCCUUGGAGUACUGAGCAGGAUGGGACUGCCAGAGCAAUUGCACCACCUAAUUACCGAUAUGUACAAUGGUUGCUCCAACCGCGUCCGUACAUCUGAUGGACUAACGGAGGAGAUUGAGAUCCUGGCGGAGUCAAGCAGGACUGUCCACUGUCGCCCAUCUUCUUUAAUCUCGCGCUCGAGCCGGUACUUCGCGCCGCAACCGCGCUCAGAAAUGAGUGUGGUAUUCAGCUUAGCGGCGUCUGUGUGA